AUGUGUUUUCGUUUCCCUGUAUAUCUGAUGUUUCCUUGACGUGUUCGUGUCAUUGGGCCGCAGCCGGAGCGGAACACCGAGUCCACCGGGUCUACCUAGUCCACCUAACUAGUCUACCUAGUUUACCUACCUAGUCGAACUAGUCCCCGGGUCUAACUAGUCCUCCUAACUAGUCUAACUAGUCCCCUAGUCCUCUGAACCUCGGGAGUAUCAUGACAUCCACCAGGUCCAGAGUCCAGAGCAGAGGCAGCCGGAUGGCGGCGGAGGCGGCAGCGUCCGGCGGGCUGAAGCAGAGCCGGCUGGCCCGGGAGCAGCUGGAGGACGCCAUCACUGCCGUGAUGAAGGCCGAGCAGCAGCUGAGAGAGAACAGCAGAGAGGUGAGGGCGGAGCUUCAGAGCAGUGUGAGUCGUCAGCAGGAGGCUCUUCGCUGCAGAGAAGUUUGGCUGCUGGAACAAAUCCAACAGCUGGAGCUCCUGAAGACUGAGACGCUGCAGCAGCAGCUCCACCGUCUGCACUGGCUCAGAGGACAGUUUGACGUGAUCGUCCAUCAGCUCCAGAACUCCAACAGCAGCAACAACCUGAGCAACCAGCUGACCAGCUGCCUGGAGAAGUUGUCCUCUCUGAGUCUGACACCUGAGGAAACACCUGAGAUGAGUUUCCAUGCCGACACUCGCUCUCUGAGGAACGCCAUCACCUCGUUCGGCAGCAUCACGGCUCAGCUGGUGGAGGGCGUGUCCUCUCAGAGCGGUCCAGUUGCUGCCAAGAAACAGAAGAUGGAGGACGGAUCUCUGAGCAUCUGGCUGAUGGGAACUCCUCCAUCAAGCAACGCUCCUAUUGGCUACCAGGCCAGCAAGAACCCUCAGGAUUGGCUGAUGGCACACAAGGACGGGAAGACUUCCUGUCCCGUCCUGGACUCGGUGGACUUCCUGCAGGCCUGGGGUCAGCUCCGGGACCUGGAGGCGUGGCUCCACCAGGACCAGAACACCGUCAGCAGGGAGCGCACCCACAGCAGCUGCAGCUCCUCCUUCUCCAUUGAGAAGAUCGACGAAUCAGAGUUCACCGUGUCUCCCGAGGAGGAGGAGGAGGAGGAGGAGGAGGAGGAGCUGCUGAGCGACUGGCUCAUCACCCCCACGGCUGCCAUGGAGACCACGUCAGACGCCGAGCGGUGGAAGCGGGUGAUGAAGCCGUUCGAGGGCGGCUGGUCUUCAGGUGAUUGGCUGAUGGGGUCGAGCCGCCCCCCGGACUGCUCCUCUUGCUGCCAGACCACCAAGGCCUUGGAGAUCGAGAACCUGGGCCAGCUUAAGUGCCUGAAGACCCCGCCCGCCUCCCCCACCUCCCCUGCCCCUGCGGUGGCCCUGGAGGGGUGGCUUCAGCAGGUGGUGCCGGUCCAGCAGACCUGCAGGGCCAACGAGGUCUGCGCCUCCUUCUCCGAUUGCGUCUGUGAGGAGAACUGUGGGAGAGAAGCGCUGAGCCUCUGGCUGCUCAGACAGGAUGGACGGGACAAAAACGGGGUCCCUCGAUCCAAUCAAGCCCCGCCCACUACUGAGGAAGCCCCGUCCACCACCAAGGAAGCCCCGCCCACCCGGCACCACAGAGAGCAGGAACAGAAGGUUCAGGCCAUCCUGGAGGCCUGGCUCCACCCCCCCAGCACCUCCCCCCUCUCUGGUUGGGGGUCUCUUGAGGAGGAGAAGGCCAGCAGGGAGGAGCACAGCUCGUCUCCGUUCCAACGCCCUCUGGAUCCAGGUCUCUGGGUCCUCCCAGGACAGCUGGCCCCUCCGGCAGCAGAGGAGGACAAAUGGCUGCUGAAGAAGAGGAGUCAGGCUCAGGAGCGUCUGGCGCUGCCGUCAGUCUGUGACCUGUUCUCCUGUAUGAAGCUGGGCGGAGACAAAGACAAGUGGCUGCACAAAGCUCCUGAACAGAUGUGAUGAUGAUUCUUCUUCUUCUUCUCUCUUGGAGUCACUUUAACGCUGAUCAGCGAACACGACUGCAACAAUGUAACCACGGCUCCGCCUUCUUUCCUGUGACAUCAGCACACUGAGCUCUCCUCCAAUCAGGAUCCAGAUCCUUCCGUGUUAAAGGACCCCUCAGUGAGACUUGAUGCAGCUUCCAGUCUUUGAUCUUUUAUUUCUUCUUCUCAUGUUUUUCUUUGUUUCCUGUGAUUCAGAGCUUCUGAUCAUUUUCAUAAUCCAUUGCGUGACUUUCUAUAUUCAUUGUUGAUUUGUUAUUUGGUCGACAGUUUUGAUGGUUUUUUCUUCUUUUAAUUGAUGAAACGUUCAGACACUUCGGCUCAUGAGUCUUCAUCAGUGGAUCUUAAAAAUUUCCCACAAUACAUUGUACCAACUGAUCCUGACAGGAG